CAAUCCAAAGACAGCCUUUCACAUUCAUAAUCCAAAGACAAGCCUUUGUAACAAUUUUACUCCCGAAAAUUCCAAUAGGACCAUAAAAGUACUGUACUAAAGCCUAUAUUCUUCCCACACUGCUAUAAGUGAAAUUUUCAAACAUGUACACAUAAAUAUAAAGUGAGUGAAUGGGUGAGAAACACAGGGACAGAGAGGGACACAGAGAGAGAGAGAGAGAGAGAGAGAGAGAGUUAGAGAGACAACCUACGCGAUCUGUGAGGAACCCAUAUUAGAUUAGCACCCACCCAAGCAUCCAAUCAUGCCAUCAGGUGCUAAGAAGAGAAAAGCUGCAAAGAAAAAGAAGGAAGCCCACCCCAACACCAACACUAACCUCUCAAUCUCAACCAAAAAUCCUCAAGGACAAGGAAAUGAAGAUCUGAAAUCCCAAGAUGGGAAGGAAAGUGAUGGUGGUGAUGUUAGUACCCCUGCUUCUCAGGACCAAGAUAGCGACCAAAGUCCAUUCAAUGAGGGGAAUGAGGAAUUGGAGGAGAGAGACACAUCAACCACUCGGUCAUUUGUUGCUGAGGACAAGUCUAUGGAGGGAGGGACUUUUGUUGAUGAGGGUGAGCAGAAAAUAGUCGUAGAGGAUGAUGGUGCUGUUAAAAUUGAAAGGGAACUUAAAUCUGACGAUAAUUCCAAGAGCAAAAAUGGUACCUUUGAGCAUAUCAAGUCCGCCAACCAAUCACGUGAUGGGGAUGAUCGGAGCUCUAGCAGUAGUAGUUCAGAUGAUGAGACCCGAGUCAUUGAGCAGAAGCCAAAAGAGGAAGCUUACAAUUCAGUUUUGGAAGUAAGCUCACAUGAUGAUCAAGUGAAGCCAGUUGAUUCUUGUCCAGAAGAGGUGGUCUGGGUUAAGGAGACUGUUAAUUCAAUUGCACAAAGUGUCCCCAUUGUUGAUUCUGUUAAUUCAAUUGCAGAGAGUGCCCCCAUUGUUGAUUCUGUUAAGUCAUUGGUAUCUGUGUCCGAGGAGAAAAUUCACAUUACUGAAAGUGCUCCAGUUGAGAAUCUAGUGAUUGCUGAUUUGGUUGAAUCAGGAUCAAAAGAAAUUGAGAAAAAAUUUUCACUUAAAUUAAAUGAGGCCCCGACAGCUGUGACAGAUUUGGCAUUGGAGAAAAAUGAGGAUAAAGUAUUUCCUUUAUCAGAUGAAAAUGUUCAAGCACACUUGACUGUGGUGGAAUCUGUGUCAAAUGGAUAUGAGGAUAAAACAUUGCCAUCAUCAAGUGCUCCUGUUGCUGCAACUAGUAAUGAUGCAGCAUCUGUUAAAGAUCCUGAGAUUCCUGAAUCUUCUGAAAACGAGCCUCUGGUAGCACCAGCUCCACAAGUAGUGCAAAGAAGUUCCUGGUUGGGUUGCUGUGGAUUGUUUGAUGUGCUAACGGGCUCUGGAAGAUAAGCUCAGAAAAAAAGCUUUGGAGGGGCUUCAGUGCAGUAGUGAAAAGCUUGUGAAAGUUAAAAAAAAAGAUUUGAUCUGGAGAAAUUUUUGAUAUUUCAAACAAGAGUUUUUCUUGUGUUUUCCCUAUGAAUAAUGGCCAAGAGGCCUGAUCAUAUAAACAGUCUUAAGGUUUGUGGUGAUAGACAAAUUUUUAGGCGGCUUAGUGUCCCUAGACUUCAGUACAUUUCUUGUUAAUUUUGUAGUAUAGUGUUUUUUCUAAGUGGUUUGUUGUACUUAUUUUCUUUUGUGUUGGGUAGUGCAGUGGUGUGACCUGGAUUUUACAAGUUUAUCUAUAAUAUCAAUAUUCACUCGAU